CAGUGGACGCUUUUAAGGGCCAGAACUAUGAGAACAUAAAUCUCUGAUAUUAAUACGAGGUUUAACGGGGAGUUAAAAAACAUGCUUAUGCAUCAGGCUCGAUCGUUAGCGCUGUAGCUUGUUGUUAGCUUCGCGUUCUCCGGAUGAAUGUUGUUGUUCCGCGUGCUCUCCUGCGGCUCUGCGCAGUGUGUGUCUGCGGAGCUCCGCCCUCCCUGCGCACUGCGGCCCGCCCAGCGCCCGCUAACUCCCGCUCCAGCCCUGCCCGAGUCUGGGGGAAUCCGACGGCCUGCCUGCCCGGGGAAAAUCUGGAGGCCGCCCCGCGCGCUGAUCUAUGACAUUCCAGAUUAAUGGUUUGUGUUGCUGUGUUAGUUGUGCCGUGGCCAAUGAAGAAUAAAGACGAUGAAUGAGGAGGUGACAAGGCUUGCUCUGCGUUCCCAAGAGCCGAAGAUUAUUCUGCAUGGCUCAGGGGUGUGUGUUGUCUCAGAUGAGGGCGGAGCUGGGGAGGAGGAGGAGUACGUGGUGGAGCUCCAGGAGACGGUGCUGGUGUCAGAGGUGGAGGGCGAGGCCGCCUCCGUCCAGGGCUUCUCCUCCGACGAGCUCGUCAUCCAGGACGCAGUGGAGGAUGUGGUCGCCGAGUACGUGCACUGUGACGAUGACGAGGGUGUUGCUGUGGAGACCUGUGUGAUGUCACUGGAGGAAGAGGAGGAUGGUGUUGCCAUGGCAGAGAUGACGGAGGGGAGGGAUGCUGAGCACGACUCGGACGGCUGCGGAGAUUACCUCAUGAUCUCCUUGGACGAGGCGGGGAAGAUGGUGUCUGGAGACGGAGACGAGGUGACCGUCGAGGGGGCGAUAGAUGACCAGGAAGUGGAGAAGGACGAGGACGGACAGGAAGUCAUUAAAGUUUACAUCUUUAAAGCAGACUCUGGAGAAGACGACCUCGGAGAGCCGGUGGAUCAGGGUGAGCCUGUGGGUCGUCCGCUCAGAGAGAAGAUGGUCUACAUGUCUGUGGGAGACGCUCAUCACACACAGACUGAUGGCGGCUCCAAGCUCUCGGACGAGGUGUACAUGGAGGUGGUGGUGGGAGGAGAGGAGCCGGUUCCUCACGACAGAGCGUAUGACAGCACGGCUCUCAGCAAGGACUUCAUGCCGGUCGCGUGGGCCGCUGCAUACGGUGCGGAUGAGGGCUGUGAGAACCGGAACGGAGCAGCGAGCGCAUUACUGCACAUUGACGAGUCAGAAGCACUGGACAAACUCAGCCGGCAACACGGCAAGAACAAGAGACGAGCCGAACCCCGACAGGUCCAGACAGCGAUCAUCAUCGGUCCAUACGGACAGCCUCUGACCGUCUACCCCUGCAUGCUGUGCGGUAAGAAGUUCAAAUCCCGCGGCUUCCUCAAACGCCACACUCGCAACCACCACCAAGACUUGUUGAGUCGCAAAAAGUACCAGUGCACGGACUGCGACUUCACCACCAACAAAAAGGCCAGUCUGCACAACCACAUGGAGGUGCACGCACUCAGCAACAAAGUGCCGUUCGAAUGCGAGGACUGCGGUAAGGAGUUCCACCAGCAGGCGGCGCUGUUCUCGCACCGUCUCCAGCACCACCAACAGGAGCAGAAAUCGCCCACGGCCAUCGCGUCACCGCUUUCUCCCGCCGUUGCAGCCAAGACGCACAAAUGCAAGUUUUGCGAUUAUGAGACUGCCGAGCAAGGGCUGCUCAAUCGCCACCUGCUGGCCGUGCACAGUAAGAGCUUCCCGCACAUUUGCGUGGAAUGCGGCAAAGGUUUCCGCCAUCCGUCGGAGCUAAAGAAACACAUGCGCACGCACACCGGCGAGAAGCCGUACUCGUGCAUGUACUGCGAUUACAAAUCGGCCGACUCGUCCAAUCUGAAGACGCACGUCAAAACGAAGCACAGUCGCGAGCUGCCUUUCCACUGCGAGCGCUGCGGCCAAACCUUCAGUGAGGAGGACGAGCUGACGCAGCAUGCAUCCACGCAUGAGGACGCUCGGGGACACCAGUGCAGUCACUGCGACCAUCGCAGCUCCAACUCCAGCGACCUUAAACGGCACGUCAUUUCCGUGCACACUAAAGACUACCCGCAUAAAUGCGCCGUCUGCGGGAAAGGCUUCCACCGGCCGUCCGAGCUUAAGAAACACUCGGCGUUGCAUAAAGCCAAGAAACUGCACCAGUGCCGCCACUGCAACUUCAAAAUCGCAGACCCGUUCGUUCUCAGUCGCCAUAUCUUGUCUGUUCACACUAAGGAGCAGCAACAGCAGGCACAGUCGCCGACUCCGCCCACACAGGCGUCGCCACCUCAAGCCCCGCCCACAGAAAAGCCUGCCCCCAAGAGGACUAUAAGUGCGGCGCAGUUAGCAGCACCCGCUGUAAAGAAAUCCGGCGGCUCGAAGGGUCCACGAGAAAGGAGGGUGUAUCAGUGUCAGUAUUGCGACUACAGCACAGGAGACGCGUCUGGCUUCAAAAGACACGUUAUUUCCAUCCAUACUAAGGACUAUCCUCACCGCUGUCAGUACUGUUCGAAGGGCUUCCGGAGACCUUCGGAGAAAAACCAGCACAUUAUGAGACACCAUAAAGACCUGGUGCCGGCAGAAUGAGCACUUCCCUUUUUCUCAAAACACACUAAACAGCCAGUGAUUGAGAUCACCAUCCUUCAUGUUGGCAACCUCUGUAUUGGGCUUCUCACCAAGACCCCUCAUGCAAAGCAGUUGUGUGUGUUGUGUCUGUAUGCAAGAGAAAAAUAGUUGAAAGUGUUUAGUGAUUUAGACUGGAAGUGCUUUCACAUUGAUUAUGUUCACAUGGUCUGCAGUCUUAAAGGAACAGUUCAGCUUGAAAUGACAUUUCUGUUGUUGUCUAUACACCCUCCUGUCUUUGUUUUCUGCUAAAGAUAGUUGGCGGGAAAACUGAUUUGGUUCGCAUUGACUUCCAUUGGAACACAAAGAAGAUAUUUGGAAGUAUGUUGGUAACUAAAACCAUUUGGGUUCGCAUUGAAUUUCAUCAUUUGGACAAAAAAAUACAAUUGAAGACAAUGGGAACAGAAACUUUCUUGUGUGGGACAUAAAAUAAGGCAUUUUGUCGAAUGUUGGGAACUAAACCGUUUUGGUUCCAAUGGACUUCUAUAGUUUUUUUUGUUUGUUUUUUGUCCAUACAAUGGAAGUCAAUGGGAAGCAAAAUAUAGCACUUUCUUUCUUGUGUGGAACCAUAUACCAUUUUGGUUUCCAUCAACAUUCAUUGGAACACAAAAAGACGAUAUUUUGAAGACUGUUGGUACUUAAACCAUUUUGGUUCACAUUGACUCUCAUCAUUUGGACAAAAAAAUCGAAUUGAAGUCAAUGGGAACCAACACUUUCUUGUGUGGAACACAAAAGAAUACAUUUUGUAGAAUGUUGGUUCCAAUGGACUUCUAUUGUUUUUUUGUCCAUACAAUGGAAGUCAAUGGGAACCAAAACAUAGGACUUUCUUCCAACAAUAUGUUCUGUGCCAUUUUGGUUCCCAUUGAACCCAAAAUGAAGCAAUCUUGAAGACUGUUGGUAACUAAAUAGUUUUGGUUCCCAUUCACUUUCACUGUAACACAAAAGAAGAUAUCUUGUAGAAAGCUGGGAAAUAAAACAUAAUUGGUUCCCAUCGAUUUUCCAUUGAAGGACAAAAGAUUCAAUGGAAACCGAAAAGCUAUGGCUUUCUUCUGUGGAAGAAUGUGUGGAACUAAAUGGUUUUGAUUCCCAUUGACUUCCAUUGAAACACAAAAGAAGAUAUUUUAAGAAAUGCUGGGCGCCAAAGAGCUUCGGUUCCCAUUGACCUCCAUUGCCUUUUUUGUCCAUACAAUGGAAGUCAAUAAGAAUGGAACAUUCUUCAAAACAUAUUAUUUUGUGUUCCACAGAUGAAUGAAAGUCAAAGUGGUUUGGAAUUAAAUUUUUGGGUGGUCUAUCCCUUUAAAUAAUAAGUAAAUUAUGACACUUCAUUUUGGCUGGAUUGUUCCUUUAACUUCAGAUGCAUUUCAUGUAUCUUAACGGAUGAAACUAACCCGUUGGCCUCUGGGAUCAGGUGUGUAUUCCUGAAGCAUUUUAGAGUAUUAAAAGCAAACAUAUCCUCUCUGAAAUGCUUUAUGAAUAUUGGACAGUGUGAUGGAUAUUUCACUCAGUCUUGCACUUACUAGAAUGCCUGUCUGAUUGCUAGCUGUUUGAAAAACAUGGACACCAGGAAAUGUUUUUAAUGUUCAGAUUAAUACCAGGCUGUUUUCCUUUGGCACUGAGGACAUUGCCUUAUUGUUUGCAACCUCUAGGGAUAUCUGGUCUCUCAAACCUUUAAUGAUCGCAAAAAGAGCACAUGAUCUGAUCUGAAUGAAGACGAUGAGGGAAAAACAGAUGCAGCAUCAUCUGUAUUGACCAAUAUGUCUGAAAGGAAUAGCUCACCAUUGAAAGCAAAAAAGCCAUUUACUCUCCCAAACAUGAAAUCGAAGUCCUCUGAGUCCAGAUGAAAUGUUAGUUUUAGCCAAACAUCAAGCUUUCAUGUGAAUUCACUUUUGCUCGGUUCCUUAUAAGUGUGAAGACUUGGAAUAUGUUAAAAAGUUGUGUAGUCUGUUUUUAUAGUGCUUCCACAAAUGCUUUCACUUGUAUGAGAAACAUAUUCUUGGACAUUCAGCUUAUCUUUUAUGACCCGUAGAAGAGGAAAAAAGUAAACGUUUGAAACUACAUGGAGAAAAACUUUUUUUUAUUUUUUGGUGAACUAUUCUUCAAAGGUUUACGCAGAACUAAAUGUCUUCUGCAUUACUUGUUGGAUCAUGUCCAUGCACAUCAUGAAUGGUUAUUUUAAAGUAUAAAAAAUGGUGGUGUUUUGGCUCUGUGAGACCAGAUAACCCCUUUAGAAAAAUUUUAAUCAUGCAAAUGUAAUGUUUUCUUAAGUUGUAAGAUGACCCUUAAUGCAUUUCACUUGGAUGUUUGGGACCACAGAGAUGUGAACUAAAUAAAUCUCAUGUAAAGAGCAUGCCUGGGUCAAAUUAAACCCCAAAACCAUGAGAAAAACCAGAUUUUCCCUCCUAAAUGUAUGCUAAUUUAAAUACAAAUCAUUUUAUUGCAGUAGAUUUUAUUUUAUGUAUUUUUAUCUUACUUUACACCGUGAUGUAAACAAUCAUCGUAAAAAUAAAUAAGAAAUUAUUAAAACUAAAAAAAGCACCUGAAAAAAAACAUUUGGUUGUGCAACAAUUUCCACUCAUAAGAUUUCACAAUUAAUUACAAUGAAACACUGAAAUAAAUGUGACAUUUUAAAUAAAGACUUAUAUAGUACUCCAAUCUUAUUUAUUGACGGUGUAUUAUCAUCUUCAUACGUCAGUGUUUCACAUUUAAUUCAAUGUGUUACAUGCUCACUCUUCAUAAAUAUUUAUGAAUUUUAAUAGCAAAAAUAAAAUAAAAAUAUUUACUGCAAUGCAAUGAUUUGUAUUUAAAUUUUCACUAGUGUUAAAAAAAUACAUUAAUUAUGUUGCGAUGCAAAAAUAGUUUCAAAAUAGAAUUAAUCAUUUGUUUCUCUUUAGUUUUUGGGGUUAAAUUUUACCUGAGCAUUUUUUUUUUUUUUUUGAGAUUCAGCCAUAUGUAAUCUUUUUAUAUUACAGAAUGCCAAUCAAAAAAAAAUAAUAAUAAUGACCUCUUUGAAGCCAAUUUUAUCCAUGAUGUGAAGGUUUUAUUUGAUUUAAAAAUGACAGAUUACAAAUGAUCUUUAUGUAUGUAUGUAUGUAUGUUUAUGGUUUCUACUCAAAGCAAUGCAUCAGAUAUGUUUGCCGUUGCCAAUAUCCUUUUCUCUUGCCGACUUCAUAGUGCUGGUCCUGUUUGGCUGCGUUCACAAUGCAAAUACACACUAAUGCGCACUAUUUGUCUUAACUAGGCUGGCAUCCUUACUAGAGACAAAAAGCUGGAAUCGACAAGGUGAGUCGUGUUGGAAAUGCACUGUUUUGUGUUUGUAUGUACCGUGAAUCGGAUCAAAUAACACUUAUUCGGGUCACUAUUCCACUGAUGGAUGAUGUCACAUCCAGCUUUGCAUGUGAUUGGCCGGAGGUUUCCAGAGGAAGCACUGAAGCAGUGUCUCUUUGUGUCCGAACAGCACCAUGAUCGCAAUGAUUGGAGGAAAGGAUGGCAUCAGUCGAGAAGGCCCCUUCCUCUCUCUUCUCUCUCCCUGUGAUCAUUUUUAUACCGCAGAUAUUUAUUUGGUCACCGUUUGGACUUUGUUGUAUAGUUAAAUGUAAGUAGGAAUCUAUGGGACUAUAACUUAUUGUUUUGUACACAGAGAGAGUGUAGAUGUUAAUACUUCGGAAAGAGGAGUUUGUGUUGUCAUGGAUGUAUCUUCACAUUUGUUUAUAAAAUGACAAAACAGGAAAUAAAAGGCAAAGUAUUUUCCUGCA